AUGAUAAUUGUAACAGACCCAACUAGGUCUCGUUUUGCCUACAAAGCCUUCACUCAGGGCCAGCCUCAGGAAACAGUUUUUCCAUCCCAAAUCACUAAUGAGCAUGAGUCACUGAUAAUGGUGAAGAAACUUUUUGCUACUUCUAUCUCAUGCAUAACAUACCUAAGGGGCCUGUUCCCAGAGAGUUCUUAUGGAGAACGCCAUUUGGAUGAUCUCAGUUUAAAAAUUCUUCGAGAAGACAAAAAAUGUCCUGGGUCACUGCAUAUUAUCAAAUGGAUUCAAGGUUGUUUUGAUGCUUUGGAGAAGAGAUAUCUACAUAUGGCAGUACUUACACUUUACACAAAUCCAAAGGAACCUGAGAAAGUGACUGAGAUAUACCAGUUCAAAUUCAAAUAUACAAAAGAAGGAGCCACUAUGGAUUUUGACAGCAGUAGUACAAGCUUUGAAAGUGGAACAAAUAGUAAAGAUAUUAAGAAAGCCAGUGUACUACUGAUUCGCAAAUUAUAUAUACUGAUGCAGAACCUUGGACCCCUUCCUAACGAUGUUAUACUUACUAUGAAACUCCAUUACUACAAUUCAGUGACUCCACAUGAUUACCAACCGCCUGGUUUUAAAGAAGGGGUGAAUUCACACUUCUUGCUGUUUGAUGGGGAACCUGUCAAUCUGCAAGUGGGAUUGGUCUCCACAGGCUUUCAUAGCAUGAAAGUAAAAGUCACUACGGAGGCAGCCAGAGUAUCUGAUUUGGAGAAMAAUCUGUUUCAGGAGAAUAAUACUACUGAAAUUGCCCAUCAGGGUCUAGACUGUGAUGAUGAAGAAGAAGAGUACAACAAUCAAAUUCAAAGAAUGAAUUUUGUGUACAGUCAGCAAAGUUCUGAAAGCUCCAGGAAGAAGAGGAAGGUCAGCGAACCAGUGAAAGUCUUCAUCCCUAACAGAAAAUGA